AUAACAGUCCCCAUUUGAUUCGAAGGUUAUGUUCUCAAUUGGUGUAUUGUUUAGGUUUCGCCAUCCCUCGCUAAAUGGGUUUUUGAACUUUACUACUUCUACGUUUUUACAAGACUGGAUAAGAAACCAAACAUCUCGAAAGCCGAAACGUUUUAAGCUGAAUAAGACCUUCACGGUCCUUGAGAAUGAAUUCGUGGAAGUGAGACAACUUGAGCCUUUACCUUUAUCGCCACAUAACUCAAUGCUACACAAUGGCAUUUGUGAUGCAGUUAACUCCCGUAUAUCAGAGAAAGCUUCUCAGUAUUUUGCUGUAAUAGCAUUAGCAGGAAAACAGUUUAAAGUGUCGAACAAUGAUUUAAUUAUGGUUAAAACGCCAUUCUUUGGAACUGAUAUUGGCGAUCACGUCCAACUGCAAAAGGUGCUACUUUUAGGUUCAUCAGAUUUCACUAUUAUCGGUCGACCUAUUUUACCUGUCCACCAGGUUUUUGUGGAAGCUGUGGUCAUUGAAAAGACCCUUGAACAUCCUAAAGUGUGGUAUCAAUUCCAUCGCCGCCGCAGACAUCAUAAACUUCGGGGUAGGUAAAUUGUCACAUUUUACUUUCUUCUUAGUAUUUCAAGACAAUAUGACUGUCCUUCGAAUCAUUAACAUUCGUCCUAAUUUACUGGAGUCUUCAUUAUGCGAUGUGUAAAUAUAUAUUUGCUUAUGUUUCUUUUUGAAAAUACAACCUUCCCCACAAGAAUACAAAGUUCUCCAUAUUAGAUUUAUCACUUUAUAGUACUUUCUGAGUGUGAAGCAUGGUUAUUACUGACAAUCUAUAUUUUCUU